AUUAAUUUUACAGCCCACACUUCUUUAAAGAUAUAAAAAUUUCUGCGUUGGCAUUAUUAAAAAUGGUUAUGCAUGCUCGUUCUGGUGGCACUUUGGAAGUGAUGGGUCUUCUUCUUGGAAAAGUAGCAGCAAAUACAAUGAUUGUUAUGGAUUCUUUUGCAUUACCUGUGGAAGGAACAGAAACAAGAGUUAAUGCUCAAGCCCAAGCUUAUGAAUAUAUGUCCGCUUAUGUAGAAGCUGCUAAGCAGGUUGGAAGACAAGAGAAUGCAAUUGGAUGGUAUCAUAGUCAUCCUGGAUAUGGUUGUUGGUUAUCAGGUAUCGAUGUAUCUACUCAGAUGCUCAAUCAAAAUUUUCAAGAACCUUUUGUUGCUAUUGUUAUCGAUCCUGUGAGGACAAUAUCUGCUGGAAAAGUUUGUUUGGGUGCAUUUCGAACUUAUCCAAAGGGAUAUAAGCCAGCAAAUGAAGAACCAUCGGAAUACCAAACAAUUCCAUUAAACAAAAUCGAAGAUUUUGGAGUUCAUUGCAAACAAUAUUAUUCAUUAGAAGUGUCUUACUUUAAAUCAUCAUUAGAUAGGCGAUUAUUAGAUUCUUUGUGGAAUAAAUAUUGGGUGAACACAUUAAGUUCUUCCAGCCUUUUAACAAAUGCGGACUACACAACGGGACAAAUAUUUGAUUUAUCGGACAAAUUAGAACAGUCAGAAGUUGCACUUGGAAGAGGAUUUAUUUUAGGUGGAACGGAUCCCCAUGAUCGAUGUUCGGUAGAAAAACUAAUUAAAGCAACAAGAGACAGUUGUAAGACAACAAUUGAAAUUAUCCAUGGUUUAAUGGCACAAGUAAUUAAAGACAGGUUAUUCAAUCAAGUUGGUUGUAAGAAUACUGCUGAUGUUCAACAGCAA